UCUUUCAUGGUUUUGGGUUGGUCCUCAGAGGGGAGAGAGCGCUUAUGGAGUCUGUGGUUACAUAGUAUUUCCUCGGGUAACUCGAUGCGCUGGAAGGGGGAAGGCAGAAGAUCCCUCCUUGCCGACAACGCAUUGAGACUUCCAGAAAUCUCUCUCCUUCUGAAGACGUUAGAAAAGAGGAAAAUGGCUUCUAAAGUUACAAUCGAUGGAGUAAGUUUUGUAUAGACAGAAUAUAUGGAACCGUUACGUGUAUCCGCCUAGUAAGCAGAGGUCGCACUGUCUACAUUAACAUAGAAAAUUAAAUGUAUGUCAUUUCAGCUGCAGGAACUGAGAAAGGAGGCAUUGGACGACUGCCAUAAUAUUUCUUAUCGUCGGGGAGUUCUUUUUUGUCACCAGAAUGGAAUGGUUUUUCUUUGACACUGCAAAAAUGAAACAGACACUGCAUCUCUGUGUGUUAUGGCUGUUGCUGGUAUGGAGCACAGGGGCCUCUGACAGGAGACCCCUCAAAAGGACAAUCUUACAACGAACAUCCCUCCAGGGCGGAGUUUUUAACAGAACACAAAAUGUGUUGAACUCUGACAGUAUUGCUCCUUCCGCUGGUGGUAUAAAUGUAUCCCCUAUGAUGAGCCAUCGUGACAGAAUGCAGAGAGAUGAGAAAGCUGAGCCUCCAAGAAGAAGAAAAGGACCACCAAGCAGAAGGAUGAUGCCAAGCAGAAGAAUACCCCAACAACCAAAGAAACCCAUAAACCAGGUUGGCAGUGGCACAUCUCAAGACAACAGUAAACCAGUGACAGGGGUGGCGGUUCAGCCUCAGUCCACACCAGGCCGCACCGUCCCCGGCAGCGCAGGCUCUCUCAACGUCCUGGCCAGCUUCGCAGGGAAGAACCGGGUCCUGGUCAUCUCUGCCCCACAUGACUCAGACGGUUACUAUCGCCUGAUGAUGACCCUCCUCAAGUCGGACGUCUACUGCCAGAUGGCGGAGCGGCACAUGCAGAUGAUAGUGAUGUUCCACCAAGAGGGAGACCGGGGCGGGAAGGUGCGGCGGGUCAACGCCAAGGGACAGGUGACGGAGGAGCCCCUGGAUACGGUCCUCAUCCCUAGGCUGAUGAACUUCCUGAAGCUGGAGGAGGGGAAGUUUGGCAUGGUUCUCCUGAGGAAGACCCUCCAGGUGGAGGAGAGGUACCCGUACCCGGUCAGGCUGGAGGCUAUGUACGAGGUGAUGGACCAGACCCACAUGCGCAAGCUGGAGAAGGCCAGGCAGAGGGGCUUCGUGCAGAGGUGCAAGGCGGCCGGUGUUGAGGGCCAGGUGGUUGAGUCUCAGGGCCAGGGGGUAUUGACCACGGGGUCAGAGGUCAGAGUGAACUCUACAGUGGAGAGGGUGUCAGUGAGGAAAGGGGUGCAGAAACCAGCUCAAGGACCAAAGGCUGUGACACUUACCACAAACCGACCAACCACAACCACCACAAAACCAACUAUGACCACAAAGGCAACCACACUUACAACAAAGCCAACCACAACCACCACCAGAAAAGCAACCACGACCAUAACUACAGCAAAGCCAACCACAACCACCAUCAGAAAAACAACCACCACCACAACAAAACCAACAACUACUACAACCACCACAAAAGUAACCACCACAACAAAACCAACCACCACAACAAAACCAACAACUACUACAACCACCACAACAAAACCAACAACUACUACAACCACCACAAAAGUAACCACCACAACAAAACCAACCACCACAACAAAACCAACAACUACUACAACCACCACAAAAGUAACCACCACAACAAAACCAACCACCACAACAAAACCAACAACUACUACAACCACCACAACAAAACCAACAACUACUACAACCACCACAACAAAACCAACAACUACUACAACCACCACAAAAGUAACCACCACAACAAAACCAACCACCACAACAAAACCAACCACCACAACAAAACCAACCACCACAACAAAAGCAAAAACUACAACAACACGACGAACCACAACCACCACAAAACCCACAGUUCUGAAGCCCUUGGACCCCCAGACAACACCACACUGGGACCUAGAGGUCCCCACCACAGACGAAUCCUCCUACAUCCUCUCAGAGACCCACAAAAAUGGCAUAGAUGACGUUACAGAAUCCCACAGAGACCAAUAUGAAGAAGACACAACCGACGAUACCAAACAUGGCCGACAAGUUGUUACCUCUCCAACUCAGCUCACUAACGACAAACCAACUGAAGGUGGGGAAGAGCUGGGCAGUGAACUUAAGGUUGACUCUGAUGCACAGGUGGAAACAGCUUCCCCCAAGAAGAGCAAGGUCAAGCGGCCUGUCAAUGCAGAGAGGAAGAAAAAGGCUGAUAAAUCAGGCAAAAAGAGUAAAGCAGACAAGAAAAGGUUGAAGGCUUCUAAAGACAGUGAUGGUGGCUUCUAUCGUGGCAGGAGACCAGGGAAGAAGGCCGUUAUUAACCAGGAGAAAGAAGCAGACAACAAGAGGCCCCCCACAAAACAGCCAAACCUCUUAGUAUCCUUUUUUGGUCAUUUUGAGAAGAGACGACGUCUACUUGUGAUCAGUACUCCAGACGAGGAGAAUCCUAUGUACACGCAGCAGAGAGAUGAGUAUCUGGAGCAUGUGUGUGAAUUGGGCGUCAGAAAAAUCUCUCUUAUCACCAUCUUUGGCUCUCUAACCAAUGGCACCAUGAAGAUGGACCAUUACCAGGCUGAGAAGGAUCAGCCUCUGAAAGGUAUGAAAGAAGAGGACUUCACAAACCAGCCCCUCAUCAGAGCCUUGAGGAAUGAGUUGGGACUGAUAUUUGACGACUACUAUAUGGUGCUGACCGACUUUGAUAUGAAAGUGAAGCAAGAAUAUGAGGUGCCCAUCGCCAUGACGGCUGUGUUUGACUACGUAGACACAUUCUCUUCUCGCAUCAAGGAGAUGGAACAGCAGAAGAAGCAAGGAGUGACGUGUAAGAAAGAAGACAAAUCCAAAUCCCUGGAGAACUUCCUCUCACGGUUCCGCUGGAGACGCAGGCUGUUUGUGAUCUCCUCCUCUGACGACGAGGAAUGGGCCUAUCAGCAGCAGCUCUACGCCCUGACUAGCCAGGCCUGCAAUCUGGGCCUGCGCCACUUGUCUGUGCUGAAGCUGAUUGGAAAGGACAUGGAGGAUAUGGGCGGGACCCUUGAGCUAUACCCAAUCAACGGGACUGCCACUGUGGAACGUGAGGACGUUUCUCCCUCUCUUGUGCAUGACAUCAGGAACUACUUCCAGAUCAGCCCAGAGUACUUCUCUAUGCUGCUUGUGGGGAAAGACGGCAACGUCAAGUCCUGGUACCCGUCUCCCAUGUGGUCCAUGUCCAUCAUAUAUGAUCUGGUUGACUCCAUGCAGCUCCGCAGACAGGAGAUGGCUAUCCAGCAGUCCCUUGGCAUGCGCUGUCCCGAGGAUGAGUAUGGGGGCUACGGUCAUGACAGAGACCCGGAUGGUUACCACCGUGGAUAUGGUUACUAAAGGAUUGAGAAUAGGAUGUUCCCCUCAGGAUGUGUUCUAUUUUCUAUUGAGGCCUGGUUGUGGCCUUGUCCCAUGAACUAUAUGAAGCCAUUGUAUGAAUGGCAUUUCAUGAAGGCUUUUUUUGCAUUUUGAUAACUGUGACGUUGUUUUUAUAAGAAUUGACUUUUCUAUAAUAGAUUAUGAAAAUGCAGCAUACUUUUUCUUCCAUUAUAUUUUUGUCUAUUGAAUGUAUGAUUUGUUUCACAGGGAGAAUGGAGAUUUCAGAUUAAAAACAUUUGGCAAUUGCC